AUGCUUCUGCGUUGGUAUUUAUUUUGUUUUAUCAAAGCAAUAAAAAUUUCUUUUUCGGUCUCUCUUAUCACCCGCUUUACUGAAGAGGCCUUUGCGACACUCAUCUCUAUAGUCUUCAUCAUACAGGCAUUUGAAAAACUCUUUGAAAUAAGUUACGAGGCACCAAUAACUCGGCAUCCACAAGAAGUACUCCACUCUGCAUGUCACUGCAUUAUACAGACAGAAGAGUGGAAUUCAACUCUUUUCAAGAAUCUUAGUGUUGGUGUUGGUCGAUGUGUGGAGCUAGGUGAGCCUCAAGGUUUACAAUGCUACUUUAAGCCUGAUGUUUAUAUGUUCUCAAUAAUACUAACUUGUGGGACGUUUUUGAUCGCCUACUCACUUAAUGUUUUUCGACAUUCCCGCUACUUCUCUUUUAGAGUUCGCAAUCUCAUUUCCGACUUUUCUGUUCUAAUUGCUAUUGUCUCAUUGACACUUACAACUUACCUUAUUGGAUUAGAGGUCCCUAGUUUGAAGAUGCCCGCAAGUAUUCGUCCAACAAUGGAUCGAACAUGGCUGGUUGAUGCAACCAAUAUUGAGGAUUAUACUGUGGCAUUGAUUGCUGCCUUUCCAGCAUUGUUUUAUACAAUUUUGCUUGUCAUGGAUCAACAAAUAACUGCCGUGAUUGUAAAUAGGAGAGACAAUAAACUAAGGAAGGGUUGUGGCUAUCAUCUAGAUCUUUUAAUUGUUGCCUUUCUUGUGUUAAUCUGUUCAUUUCUUGGUCUUCCCUUUUAUGUUGCUGCUACUGUUCUCUCAGUUAUGCAUGUUGAGGCAUGUUUUUUUCAAAUUUGUACUGAACUUUUGUCCUUUUUUUAG